UGCUUCCUUCCUCUCCAAACCCUCCCCCAUCCUCAAAACCCUUGUCCAAUGCCAACCACCUAAUCGCACCACAAUAAUCACCUCAAAACCAAAAUGCAUCUCCCAACCCCCCGCUCCCUCCUCUCCACCCUCCUGCUCCUCCCACUCCCAACCCUAACCACCCAAUCCCCCCUCACACCCUCGAAAUCCGGCAACCCAGUAAUUCCCGGCUGGUACGCCGAUCCGGAAGCCCGCAUCUUCAAUUCCCAAUACUGGCUCUACCCAACCUACAGCGCCGCCUACGAGCUCCAAACCUUCCUCGACGCCUUCUCCUCCCCAGACCUCCUAACCUGGACAAAACACCCUACCGUCCUCAACCUAACCGCCAUCCCCUGGUCCACCAACCGCGCCGCCUGGGCCCCGUCCGUCGCCCGCUCCCCCUCCACCGGUGACUACUUCAUGUACUUCGGUGCCGGCGACGGGGCGGGCAUCGGCGUCGCUAAGUCCGUCUCUGGGGAGCCGCAGGGUCCGUUCGAGGAUGCUCUUGGCAAGCCGUUGGUGGGGAAGACGGUGUUCGGGGCGGAGCCAAUCGAUGCGCAGGCUUUUGUGGAUGAGGAUGAGAGAGUGUGGUUGUAUUAUGGGGGAUGGAGUCAUGCGGUUGUCGUCGAGUUGGGGAGUGAUAUGGUUAGUCUUAAGGGAGAGUUUUUGGAGAUUACGCCGAAGGAGUAUGUGGAGGGGCCAUGGGUUCUUAAGAGACAGGGGACUUAUUAUUUUAUGUUUAGCGUCGGGGGAUGGGGGGAUAAUUCUUACGGCGUGAGUUAUGUUACGGGGGCUUCGCCGACGGGUCCGUUUUCGAGUACGCCGACCAAGAUUCUGCGGGGAGAUGACAAGGUGGGUCAGAGUACUGGGCAUAAUAGUGUGUUUACGCCCGAUGGGAAGGAGUAUUAUAUUGUCUAUCAUCGGCGGCCGGUCAAUGACACCGAGCGGGAUCAUCGGGUGACUUGUAUUGAUCGGAUGGAGUUUGAUGAGCAGGGGAAUAUUUUGCCGGUUAGGAUUACUACUGAGGGUGUUGACGGACGGCCGUUGGCUUAGGGUUUGGAAAUCCGACUCGGUAUAAAUUCUGCUGAAGGUCUUGCUUUGUAUUUUCAGGUUAUGACUGCUCUUGAGUCUAUGUAUAUACAUA